GAAAAAUGCAAGAUGAUCAGAAAAUCUAUCUUCCUCUGGACGUCAGCUUUCAAGGAACCGGUAAUUUUGUCAGCUCCCAGUAAGCCUAUCUGAUGCAACAUUGAAUCAACCCCACCUGCUCAAACAUCUUAUUCUGUCCAAAUUGCAAAAUCUUCCAUACCAAAACGGAAAUUUAAUAGGGAAUGGUUGCAAUACAACUCUAAAUUGGGCUUGAUAUUUUGUGACAUCUGCAUUUCGGGCAAUGUACACAAUGUUUUCACAGAGGGGUGUAGCAUCAUGAAGUUUAUAUUUAUAUGAUUUAUUAUCUGAUUUUUGAUUUCCAUAAUAGAAUUUAUCAAAAAACAAACCAACUUCUUAAUAAUUCAGAAAGAAGUGUUUAGGAAUGGUAGCUGGAUAUGAUUAAGUAAUGUAACUGAUUCAAAAUGCUAAAAUCAGUGUAAUGAAUAAAAUAAUAUGAUGGAAAUAAUUGUAAAGCAUGAGAUUAUUUGCGCUGCGACGCAUCCCGAAAAAGUGGCGAAAGGGAAAUUUGGUCCAGUGGGAGCACUGAGCUACAUGAGUUGAUUUUUUGUUGAAAAUAUUUCUAAUGCAUGUCAACAACUUCUUGCAUACCCAUAAAGUCCAAAAUAAUUCAAAAUAACCCCUUUUUAAAAAAAAAAUGCCCUAGGCCACUGGUUAUAAGUUCUGUUAUAAUAACCAGUGAGGUUUUUUUUUUUAAAGGACUUAUUUUGGACUUUAUGGGUAUGCAAGAAAAAAAUAAUUAAAUCAACUCAUGUAGCUUAUUCGGAGGGGGAGGGGGGGGGCUGAACCCAAGCACCUGUGGAUGAUCUUAGAAUCUCAUCAAAACCGGAACAGACGGUGUGACGAGAAUGUUCCACACUUUGGUGUACACAUGGCGAUCCUCGGUGUACAGGGUCUGUAGACCAACUUCCUGGACCUUUCUCCAGACUGCCUACGACCAGUGGAAAUUACACCCGAAAAGGGACAUUCCAGGAAUUGUUGUUCACACUGCAAUGAAGAAUAUUUCUUUUGAAAAACAUCUUUAUGAUUGGUCCAAACCAGAGGAAAAAUACCAGUAUCUACAGACAGCAGUUCCUUUCGGAAGGUCAGGUUUGAGGAGGCAGAACAGCAAGACUGGUACCCUUGUGUCAUGUAACGAACAAGACAUAGCUGUCUUCAGGUACCACAACAAGGUGUAUGCUAUCAAGGAGAAAUGUCCGCAUUUAGGUGGCCCUCUCCAUUUAGGAGACAUAGAGGAACUCCCUGGACAUACUCUCUGUGUCCGGUGUCCUUGGCACAGCUGGAGAUUUGACCUUGACACUGGGCAGUUAAAGCAACCUAAGCUACCUGGAGUGUGUUCCAUUGUUUACCCAGUUAUUGUCAAAGAGGAUGGAAAACUUCUUGUUGGAUUCGAUCAAUUUGAUCCGAAGUAUUUCUCUGUGGAUGCAUCAUUUUAAACAGAUAUUUUUAUUUGUGAGCCCAGAUGUUUAGGUGUGUUUAUGUGGUAUGCAAUGGGUGACUUUUGUGAUAUGCAUAUAUUUACUUUUCAAAGUAAAAUCUUCGUUUGAGGGGGUGUUUUUGCAGGGGGUGUUUGUUUUUUAAUGGUUUUUAAAUAAUAAAUCGUUUUUUUCUUCAGUUUUACAGUAUGUAACAUUUUGUUAGAGCUACUAGUUAAGAGAUUUAUACUGAUAAAUGGCUUUUGUUAUUGGGGUUAUAUUUACCCGGUUUUUAAUACUUGAUUUUAUUGGUUGAUUUUUAUAGUCUUCUGGUACAUGUAUAUUUUACAUGUAUGUGCAUGUUUUAUAAUAACUGAUUUUAUUUGCACUGUAUUUUAGAAAAUGUUUUUUAUAAACAGUCUCUACAAGUUGUAGAGGGAUUUACAACUAAAGUUUACAGGAAAUGAAAACAGCAAGCAUGCCCUCAUAUCCAAUUAGUAUGUAUAUAAUGUUCUUAGAAAGUCUCAGUUUACAAUUUUCUGGUCACAAAAGUGCGUGGAGCUGGAUUUUUCGAACAUCAGUUUUUGCCAUUUUAUGUGAACGUUAAGUAAUUUCAUUAAACAUUUUUUUUAUACAAUGUUACAUAGAUUCUAAAAGGAACAGACUGAAAACUGCCCAAUAAAACUAUAUGUAAUUCUCUACAUCCGUGUCAUAGAGGGGUCAUAUUAUGGUGUUGAGCAGUGUGUUUGUCAGCACAGUGUGGGCCAGUUAAAAACCAGCACUUAUAAGGCCAGCGUCAUUGAACUUGUUGGACAUGUUUCCAAUGAUUAGAGAGAAUUAUUGUUUAUCAAGGUCAAACUUAGCAGACACAAAACAAGAUAGAAACCACUAAUAUAAGACAAGGAAUCGGAAUAAGACAGGUUGUAUUAGGGUUUGUUGUUGUGCGUCUGCCUAUUUGUCCAUUUGCACCUUGUGGGAAGGAUAAAAAUAGCACUAAUAAGGUUAGGAUAUUCAAACCUAGGACUCCAUAUUCCUGGUAGUGAGAUGAAAAUUUCACAAGGUCAUAUUUUCAGGGGUAAACACAAUCUAAUGAAAAUUAUAUGAGAUCGACUCGCAUAUGUGUGGAUCUAACAUUUGAUUUUAAGAUUGCGGUAAACAUGAAGGAUAACUUCUAAGACUAGACUAAGUAUAAUCAAACUUGGUGCACACGCUCCCUGUUGUUUCUGUACGUUACUCAGGGUGGGUGGUUAUGUUAAGUUUAACAUGUUUUAGUAUUUUCUGCUCUGUAUAGGAAUAACAAGUUUUGUUGUAUAUACUGUUGACUUAAGUUUAACACAUGUUUUAAAUUAGUAGUACAGGGAUAGGUUUUUUUGUAUAACAGUGUAUUAUUGGAUUCUGGAAUUAUUUUAAUUCUUGGAAUUUACAAAACUUGGAAAAAGGUCUUAUUUUUUUUAUACCCCCCGCAACAAGUUGUGGUGGGGGUAUACUGGAAUCGGGUUGUCCGUCUGUCCGUCCGUCCGUCUAGACGCAAUGGUUUCCGGGCUCUAAAGCAUUAUCCUUUCCACCUACCGUCACCAUAUCAUAUAUAUGGACUACCCAUGGGAUGAAGAUGUUCCCUAUCGAUUUUGGGGUCAAAAGUUCAAAGGUCAAGCGCACUGGACAUCGAAGUAGCAAUAUGGUUUCCGGGCUCUAAAGCCUUAUCCUUUCCACCUACCGUCACCAUAUCAUACAUAUGGACUACCCAUGGGAUGAAGAUGUUCCCUAUCGAUUUUGGGGUCAAAGGUCAAGCGCACUGGACAUCGAAGUAGCAGUAUGGUUUGGUUUGUCAUGCCAUUUGUUUUUUACACUCAGAAAAGAGGUACCUAUUACCAACACCCUUUGGGAGAUUGGGGUAAACGGGGGGUAUUCUUAGUGAGCAUUGCUCACAGUACCUCUUGUUUUUAAUGAAAUAUUGUUGUUAUUUAGUUGUGACUAACCUAAUUUGACCUGUGAAUUGAAGUUAUUUUUGUUAGUUAGGUGUGACUACUGAUUUUUUCAGACAAUUUUUCAAAUUCCAAGAAUCAAAAUCGUUCCAGAAUCCAAGAAUACACUGAUACAUAUACUGUUGACUUAGUCUAACACAUGUUUUAGUAUUUUCUGUUCUUUACUAGGAUAGCUUUUUUUGUAUAUACUGUUGGAUUAAGUUUAACACGUUUUAGUAUUUUCUGUUCCGGGAUAACUUUUUUUGUAUAUACUGUUGGAUUAAGUUUAACAUGUUUUAGUAUGUUUUGUUCCGGGAUAACUUUUUCGUAUAUACUGUUGGAUUAAGUUUAACACAUUUCAGUAUUUUCCAUUUCGGGAUAACUUUUUUCGUAUAUACUGUUGGAUUAAGUUUAACACAUUUCAGUAUUUUCCGUUUCGGGAUAACUUUUUUCGUAUAUACUGUUGGAUUAAGUUUAACACAUUUCAGUAUUUUCCGUUUCGGGAUAACUUUUUUCGUAUAUACUGUUGGAUUAAGUUUAACACAUUUUAGUAUUUUCUGUUCCGCACUGGGAUAGCUUUUUUCGUAUAUACUGUUGGGUUUUAAAGUUUAACACGUUUUAGUAUUUUCUGUUCCGUAAUUUGUUUUAUGCAUGUUUUCAUAUAUUUGUCUGUUUUAACUUUGAUUAGUGUAUUUUGAGUAUACCAUGUACAUUUCAACUAUUUGGUUGCCAAUGAAAUAAAUCAAUCAAUAAAAAAAAAAAAACCUAAAAAAAAACCCAAAACCGAAUGACUGGUUUUGUUGUAUAUGAUUGGUUUUGUUGUAUAUGAUUGGUUUUGUUGUAUAUGAUUGGUUUUGUUAUAUGUACAUGUACUGUUGAGUUGUAUAAAUUUCACCCUGUGUUCAAUUGUAUAUACUUUGUUGUUUUAUAAACUUGUGUGAUAUGUUAGGUUUGAUAGCAAUAAAAACAUGUUAUUGCA